GGCACUGGGAGGGGGCAUGGGGACCCCCGGGGGCCUCCUCCUGCUGCUGCUGCUCCUCCGCUGGCCGCUGGGGGGCGGCGGCUGUGACGUCAGCGCCGGCGAUGACGUCAGAGGAGACCAAUCACAGCAGAGCAGGACAGAGCUUGACUGCGGCCGGCCCAGGCCCCCCGGGGCCUCGCUGCGGAACGUGGGGGGGGAGGACGCCGGCCCCGGGGCGUGGCCCUGGCAGGGAAGCCUCCAGCGGGAUGGGAACCACCUCUGCGGCGCCUCCCUGGUGGCCCCGGGCUGGGUCCUGACCGCCGCCCACUGCUUCCAGACGAGCCUGGACCCCAGGGCGUACACAGUGCUGCUGGGGGUGCAGGAGCUGUCGGGGCCGCGGGCGGGGCCGGGCGUGGCCGUGCCCCUGAGCCGCAUCCUGCCCUUCCCGAGCUACGCCGGGGAGGCCACCAGCGGCGACAUCGCCCUGGCCCAGCUGGCCUGGCCCGUGGCCUUCUCGGCCACCGUCCUGCCGGUCUGCCUCCCCUCCCCCAGCCUCCACUUCCCCCCCGGCACUCGCUGCGUGGCCACCGGCUGGGGCGACAUCCGGGAAGGAGUCACGGCCAAUGGAGACCCAACCAAGGCCGAGGUGACCGCAGGUUGCCCUCUCUCUCUCUCUCUCUGCCCCCCAGAGGACCUCCCCUCGCCUCGGCGGCUGCAGGAGCUGGAGGUGCCGCUGAUGGCACAGGACACCUGCCGGCGGCUCUACGGCCGGGACAUGGGCAGGGCCCUGCCCCCCAGGACCAUCCAAAGGGACAUGGUCUGUGCUGGCUACCCCCAGGGCCAGAAGGACACCUGCAAGGGCGACUCCGGGGGGCCGCUGGUGUGCCGCACGGGCGGCCGCUGGGUGCUGACCGGCAUCGUCAGCUGGGGCGAGGGCUGCGCCGUGCCCAACCGCCCCGGGGUCUACACCAGGGUCAGCUCCUACUCGGCCUGGAUCCGGAGCCACGCCCCCGGCGCCGCCUUUGUGGCCCCGCCCCUCGCCCUCGACCCCGCCCCCGCCCCCCGGCCGCGCCUCUGGGCCGUCCUGCUGGCCGCGGUCCUGGGGGCGGCGCUCAGGCCCUGA